CUCAGUGGUCAGUUCUCAGUUGGGCAGUUGACUCUCUCUCAGUUCGGAUGGUUCACAACGCUCCGACUGUUCACGUUUGUUUUUGGACACACAAUUUCCACAUUUGAUUUGUUUGAUUAUCACUUGUUGCUGCAGCUGCUCUAGGCCCCGAUUGGAUUAUUUUCGAAGAUCGACUAUGUGUGCAUCAGUGACUUUGGAUCCGCUGGGAUAAAUCUUUGAGUGUGUGAGUGUGUGUGUGUGUGUGUGAGCAACACAUUUGAAAAAAGAAACACUUGUCUGUUUGAGACGAAAAGACAAAGAUUUUUGGGUUAGUGGAGGAAAUGUCGCAUCCCGUGACAAUGUCCAACACCAGACAGAGGAGGAGGAGGAGGAGUAGAGAUGAGCGUGAGAAAAGGUCGUCACCUCGUUUCUCGCGGUGGAUUAGCACAAGAAGAAAUUUACGCGCCUUCUGCUGGUUGCCGCUGGUCGUCUGCUUGGUUCUUCCGUCACUCUUGCACACCUCGCAGGCUGCAUCGGCCGAUGGAUGCGACUGGAUCGGCAGCGGUUUGGAGAGUCUGAGCCCGUCUAGCGAUGGUGAACACCAGCCACAACAACAGGCUCAAUCACAUCGAGGAGUGAAGCCAGUGUACCUGAGAUGCAGUCAAGGCUCCGUAUCUUGGCUCUAUCCCCGUGGUGCCUUGCGGGUGGUGCUCCGCUACGGAACAGCUGGCAAGGAAUUCCAGGGUUGCCUGAAAUUAUCAGCAGACUUUGGCGGCGCCAACAUUUACGUGGAACAGCACCGGACGCUGAAAUUGUUGCACAGCGGAUCGUCGUCGCUGUUGCGGCCGGAUGGCAAACGCCACUGCUUCGACAGCCACAAGGGUCAGGUGGCGCUUUUUCUCGAAUCGGAUUCACUCGGCGGCGGUGGCGGCGGAUCGGAUCCACUGCGAAGGGAAACGGCCGCGUUCGAUUACGAUCUCCAACUGGUCGAGGAAGGAGGCGAUCAGCAGCAGUCACUCGAUCCCUGGCAAGAAUGCCGGCCCUGCGGCGUCAAGGAGUCGUUGGAGAUGUUUUGCAGCAGCGACUUUGUAGCUCGAGGCUUCAUUUCGUCCGUGUACAAUGACGACCAAUUGGAACGGACGUUGCUCAAAGUGCGUGCCACUCGAGUCAUCCGCCAAGCUUCGACCGUCUUCGAGCCCAUCAACGGCGCCCGUUCUCGGUCGCCAGCGCCAGCUAAAAUGAGGAGCCGGAGGAGUUUAUCGACACCCAAGCGCCUCAUUGCCAUUCCGUCGAAAUGGAAGGGCAUGGAUGGCGUCGAAGAGGAUCUGACGGACAACCAAGUCGAGACCAACAGUUUGCUGGACACGGAGGAGCACACGGGAACGCUUCACGUCCCGCUGACGUGUCAGGUGAAGCACGGCAGUGGCGAGUUCCUUUUCAUGGGACGGAAGCGGCUGGGCGACGCUGUGCUCUGGUGCGCGCCACGACUGGAAGAAUGGCAACAAUGGAUCCAUCAGGCCCAGAUGGACGGAUCCGCUCAGUGUCGGCUGGAGGCGUAAGAUGCCACCAAAUCCGUUUGGCCCGUUCCUGUGCCAAUUUUGUGUUGGUGUUUUAAAAUUUGCUUUUAUCAUCGUGUGCCUUAACGGGAAAAAAUGUCGUCGGCCGAUCUUUUGACUGCGCCGCGACACCCUCGAUUCUACGUCAAUUUUUUUUUUUAAACUUGUAAUUAUGAAAACAGAAAAAACAAACAAAAUUAUCGUGUACAUUAUUUGUAAAACAGAGCGACCCCAUUUUUUAAAAAUUAUGUGUGUGUGUGUGUGUGACCACGCAGAAAUGAAUACAGGAUCAAAAUGUUGUUUGGUUUUUCUGGAGCCGAUGAGAAAUCGAAAGCGAUGGAGUAACAAUUUUGAUCGUCUUGUCAAAAAUGUGCACUUGUGUGAAUACCAACAGUUUGAAUGAAGAACCUGGAUAUAUAAAAAUUUGUACAGUUUUCUGUCACUGACUUUGUCCCCCCCCCCCGCAUUGUCUUGAUGUGUUUCCCCACCACUCGUUUUGUAUCUUAUCUGUUCGUUUUUGUUGUUUGCAGUCAACUGUGAUACGAAUUACUAAAUUGCAUCAAAGAAAUACAUGAAGAAACAUUUUGUAUGAAAUGAUUAA